AUGCUUCUCCGCUACCUGCUCAUUUGGCCGCAUAUAUGCAUUUUUGCAUGCCUGCCCUGCCCUGCCCUGCCUGCCUCAUCAGGCAUGUCGGUACUCGUGCGUCGUCCCAGGGGCAGUCCGGCUGUUGUUUGGGGAUGGGUGAACACCACCCAUUUACUUGACACAAAUUGUUACGCGGGAUGCAGAUUUGAGCAUGCUCAACCGAAAAUUGCGUUGACAGGACGCUGGAGGCAGAUUCCAGGUGACUUCGAUAGUUUUGUACUCGAGUUUGGUUAUACUUUUACAUCACCUACGCAGUUGGUGUACACCGAGUAG